AUGGCUUCAAUGAUGAAUAAAACAUGCAUGGUCCUCAUUGCCGUCGUGUUGGUGAUGAUGGUGGCGGUUGUGCCGCCAGGCGAGGCGGCGAUAGGAUGCGGGGCGGUGGUUUCGUACAUGCAACCAUGUCUGCCCUACGUGACUGGUAACAGCCCGUUGGGCGGCUGUUGCGGCGGCAUUAAGAGCCUCAACAAUGCCGCCAAGACAACGCCCGACCGACAGAGUGUUUGCGCCUGCCUCAAAUCUCUCGCCAGCUCGUUUUCCGGUGUCAACUUCGGCAAGGCCGCUGGACUCCCCGCGACAUGUGGCAUCAACAUUCCUUACAAGAUCAGCCCUUCCACUGAUUGCUCAAAGCUUGUACAAGGAGAUCAGAGCUGCUGGAAAAAGCUCGGAGGAAACGAUCCGCAACUGGCUUCUGAUCAUGGAAGAUAA